AAAAAGAACAUGGAUCUCCAUACAGAAAUGACCUCCACAAGGUCUGACACUCUCCAGCAUUGCAGCAGAGGAGAAAUCCUGAGGGAGAAUUCCAGAGCAGCAGAAAUAGCAGUGCUUUAUCUGAAGUCUACAAAACCCAACAAUGCAUUCUUGGAAGAUAAGAGCCAUGCUCGGCACAGGGAAGCUGGAGGUCAAAGCUCAUGGGGUGGCCCUCCUUCCAUCAGGUGCUGUGGUGCUGAGAAAACCUCUUAUUCUCUAUGGAGCUCAGGUUCCUCAUCAGUGAGAUCCGGAGCUGAGUCCACAUCCUGAGAACCCAGAACUGAAGGUGCAGAUGAAGGAAGAUGAGCAGCUCUCUGGGGCGUGAGAAUGACCCAGAGAAUGACAAGUCCCUGUUGUCCUGCUGUGACACACCAUCAGCAUGGCAGGAUCCCACAGCCCUGCAUCAGAUCCCGUGGCAGAACUGAACGACCUCGAAUGCCAGCAAUUGCGAUCCCAGCUGGCGAAGAGCCAACAGGACUGCUGGGAGCUCCAGGAGAAGUUUCUCAUAGCUGAGGCUACAAACUUUGCCCUGGCCAGGGAGCUGAAAAAAUACAAUUGUGAGAAGUUUAAAAACAUCAUUGAGUCCAUACUGACCAAGAAGCUCCACUUGGUGGAACCACUGGCAGAGAAGCCCACGGUCCCAGAGCUGCUCAGGCAUUGCCGUGGCAUCCUUGAAGAUCAGGACCAAGAACUUUCCCAGUUACGUCCAAAGGUCCAAAGGGGGAGAAAUCUAGCCCACAUCCUGCAGCAGUACCUGAAGGACGUGCUCACUGUGCAUGACCCUGAGACCUGUACGGGGCAGGGCUUCCGACGACUGCUCACUGAGGCUGUCCGGCUGUCAGCGUGCCUUGAGGACCUGCUUGGAGCAGAAAAUAUUGAAGAGGAGGAAACACCAGCACAAGGACCUGUUGCUGACAGGGAGCUCUUGGAAGUGGAUGAAAUGGAAACCCCACAAAGUUCACAGCAGGAAACAUCUAUCACUGGUGCUGUUGACCACCUGCCGAGUGACUCCUGCCUGCCUGAGGGCACUGUGCAAAUGUCUCCUGAUGCUAAGGACACCCACGGUGUGCUAGGUGUAGAUGGGGAAUACGCUUGUUCACACAAGAAAGAAGAACCUGUCACCAUUCUCCCAGAAAAUCAAUAUCACGAAGUGGAGGUACAAGAGCAAGUUGUCACAUACACUUUCAGUCUCAUCAGGGAGAUUCCAGAGAUUGAAGAUCAAGAUGUCUCACAAGACUCUCACGAACUGAGUUUUGUUGCUGCCCCCGAGAGGAAGACCUGUUCCCAGCUGGAGGGAGGUCCUCACAAAGAUCCCAUCACCAGAAAGUGUGAGAGUCAUAGCAUCAGCCCCAGCGAUGUCCAAAGUACCCCAAAAGAAAAUGUUAUCAAAGGAAAAUGGAAGCCCAGGAAAUGCAAACUGGCCUGCCGGUUCCCUGGCCUGGAGAUGAAGGGAAAACCACAGCCCACAGAGAGGAAGAUUGCGUGCCGAUUCCCUGGUCUGGAGAUGAAGGGAAAACCACAGCCCACAGAGAGGAAAAUCACGUGCCAAUUUCCUGGCCAGGAGAUGAAGGGAAAACCACAGACCAACAUGUGGGCACUGACCUUCAGAUUCCUGGGCCUUCACGCCUAGACAGAGAUCCCAAGUACAGUUGGAAGUACAGAACAGUAUUGCUGAUUGUAACAUCCCCACCUCUUCCAAACAUCUAACACAGGAGCUCCGCUUCAACAGCAACCAGAACACCAAGAACGCAAUUUCAACACCAUGAACUGCCCUCGGCUAUUUUUAUCCACUAGGCUGCUUCCCUGAGAGCUGGCACAGUCUUCAACUCCAAUCUGAGUAAACACCAAAGGAGACCCAGGCCUGACUCCACAGCUGCUCUGGAGAGAACACCACCUGGCUCCUCUCCAACUGCCUCCUGUUGAGAUCUGAGGUCAGGAGGAGCUGGAAGCAAACAGCAUAGGACCCUGGGCACACACUGCCUUUGGAUGGGGCGAGCUCUGGUGUGGGCAGUGUCAGAGACACAGCGCCCUGCACACAAGGCUACAUGUGAGCAGAGGAGAGGAUCGAUUCUGCAGGAUGUGGACCCUGACCCAGACAGCUGGCCCUCUCCUUCACACAGCCAGCGUUCCGCAUAGAGGACUGCAGCAGGAGGAGACUUUGGGGCUCAAAAGGACAAGAAGAGUCUCUUUCCUCCUUUUGAACCCCAACCAUCUCCCCCUUCUGCUGUCUUCCAUGAUGGGAACGCUGACUGUGUGAAGGCGCAGGCCAGGUGUCUGGCUCGGGGUCUGCAUCCUGAGGACCUCUGAUGCUUUCCUCAAUUUUACACUCAGCCUCACUCUUUGGCCAAGCACCCGAUGCAGGGAUGCUGUGUGCUCCCUCCCACAUCCCCGCAGGAGGCAGAGAACAUCUUGUGUGCCCAUCAGGUCCCCUGACCCUGGCAUCGGUCAGUUGGUGAAAGCUGUCUGUUGAUCUGUACAUCCUAAAGAUGUGCUCCUUCCUCUGUAUCCUAACAACUGUGGAGAGGGUGACCCCUCAGAGCCUGAGCAAAAAGGGAGUGAGCAGCGGCCCUGGCAGAGGUCCGGUCAUCAACACAAGAGGCACCCUUCCAUGGGCAUGAUAACAGCAAGUUCAUGGUGAUGAAUGCAGCAGUGUGGCCGGGAGGGCCCAGGUGGGCAAGGUGGUCUGAGCCUGCAUCAAGGAACCAGACACCUCUCUGAACACUCCUCUCUCCACGUCCAGAGUCAGGCAGCGCAGAUGCGGGCAGGACCUCAUCACGAGGACGCUCAUCUCCUACAGCUGCUGGUCCUGCCAACUCCACUCAGUGUUGCAGGAGAACUGGGGGCUCCUGAUGCAGGACGUGGGCCAAGGCAUCCAGAGCCCCAGCAAACAGCAAGGCCGUGUUCCUGCUGGCCUGAGGCAGCUGCAGGACGAGAAGGGGCCAUAUGCCUGCCCCCAGCCCGACAUGGAAAAUCGAGUCCUCGCAGAUUCUGGAUGCCCGCUGCUUAGUACGUGCUCCUGGUGAAAGAAUAAUCCGAGCCAAUGGCACCACUGCCCUGUGGUGGACCUGUUUUUCACAGCUACCAUUCUUACUUCCACUGUCUGUCAUACCUGUGAUGACACAAUUGUUUUCCUUUCAUGAAAAUUGGGAUCCUAGGGAGGGAAUUAUGUUUCCACCUGAGUGUGCCUCCUCUCAGUGUAACAGCUGCCUUAGACACCCUGUCAGCACAUCUUGGGCUCCUAAAAUCUACAACUUCUCAUUAAGAUAUCGCUGUCCAGGCCCAGAAGUGUUUCCAGUGUCCAGGAGUGUAACUGGAAUCUCAAAAAUUUUGAUUCAGGUCCCAAUACAUAUUCCCUGUUUUAGUUAAGUGUUUAUAAAAAGAAAAAUUCCAAAAAAAUUUUGAAAAUUUGAAAAGAAAAAAAAAAUUUAAGUAAAAAUAGAAAAGAAAAAUGGUACUGCUUGCUUGUUUUUU